ACCCAAACUACAAAGGGAUUUCCAGCCCCACCCUGUGCCUGUUGACUCAGAGGUCACUCGCUGCAUUGAAGUGCAUCUUGUCAACAGCUGAGGGAGUCCCAGAAGUGGCCCAGUUUACGCCUCCUCCAAAUCGCCUACAGACAGCGUAAUGGCCUCUGAGGCACUGCUUGGACCGUCUCUUCUUAGAGGUGGAGUGGAAAGAGGAGCCAUGCAGCUUCCUCAGGUCCUCUUGACCUUUGAGGAGGUGGCUGUGUUUUUCACGGAGGAGGAGUGGGCUCUGCUGGAUCCUGGCCAAAGAGCUCUGCACAAGGAAGUCAUGGAGGAGAAUUAUGAGAUGGUGGCCUCUCUAGUGUAUAGGAAUAUAAAACCGGUCUUGAAAGACCUACAUUGGCUCCCAGAACGUUUCCGAGCACAAUUCAAAGUGUUGGUGUUGACCUUUAAAGCCCUAAAUGGCCUUGGCCCAGUAUACCUGAAUGAGCGUCUCCACCCCCAUUGAUCUGCCCGGACGCUGAGGUCCAGCACUGAGGGCCUUCUGGCAGUUGUGAGAAGCAAAGCUACAGGGAACCAGGCAGAGGGCCUUCUCGGUAGUGGCGCCUACCCUGUGGAACGCCCUCCCAUCAGAUGUCAAAGAGAUCAACAACUACCAGACUUUUAGAAGACAUCUGAAGGCAGCCCUGUUCAGGGAAGUUUUUAAUGUGUGACAUUUUAAUGUAUUUUUAAUCUUUGUUGGAAGCUGCCUAGAAUGGCUGGGGAAACACAGCCAGAUGGGCGGGGUACAAAUAAAUUAUUAUUAUUAUUAUUAUUAUUAUUAUUAUUAUUAUUA